AUGGCUUCUACAUCUUCAUUUAGAGGUCAACAACAAGUUUCUUCUUCGUAUGGAGGCGGACCACCACCAUUACCACCGUCAAGGAAUCAAAGACUAUACGGUAAACCAUUACCACAUCAACUUCCUCAAUCAUCUUAUGAAAGAAGACCAUCAUCUUUAUCACAUAGUAGUAGCACUUCCUCUUUAUACAGUCCAAAUGGAAAUUAUCACCACCAUCAUAAUUAUUAUCAACAACAAUCACAUCACGACCAUCAUCACAACAAUAACUAUCUUUAUAAUCAUCGUUCACUCUCUUCUUCUUCCUCCUCCUCCUCUUCCUCCACCUACCAUGGAUCUUCUUCAUAUCCACCACAACAACAACAAUUACAAUCAACAUUACAACACGGUAGCACAUCUUCUACUAGUAAUUCUUUAAAUGUCAACCAAUCUCCACAAAAAACUUUAUUUGAACAACACACAAAGCCUAUUCAAAUUCCUGUUUAUGCUCCAACAUAUGAAGAAACCUGGGCGGAUUGUAAGAUCGAAGGACAACGGUUAAGAGAGGCAGAGGCCAAAUUAACAGAAAGUGUUAGAAAAUCGCAAAUAGAUCUUGAUAAAGUAAAUUGGGAAUUGGAGAAAGUCAUUCAUCAAACUGCUUUGGCAACUAGACAAAUAGAAUUACUUUUUGCUAAUAGUCAAGAAGAAAUUGAAGCUUUAAAUAAAUUAGCAGAAAAAGAAACAGAGGAAAAUCAACUAGCUUUGAUUAAUAAUAAGAAAUCCGAAUUAAAACUUGAAGAAUUGCCAAGAAACAGUCACAGAAUGGCUAGAGAUAAGAGAGGAGAUGUGGUUGAGACAUUUACCUCAAUUUCUGCUGAACCUGCAUAA